CUUGCAGAAUGAAGUUUAUAACAUAAUCUGGCAGAGUUCGCCCUUUGUCGCUUUCCCUCUCUAAUUCCAGUUGACCUGUGAAAUUGAUCUAGAAUGGCGAUGGUUCUGAGGAGGGGAAUAAGCAGAGGGUUAGUGGCCGCGACAAGGAGCUUAUCAACGUCCUUUGAGGUGGAGAAAUCGACGAGAGAGGGGAAGCCAAUCAAUCUCUUCUCUGCCAUCAACCAGGCUCUGCACAUCGCUCUCGAAACCGACCCCCGUGCUUAUGUCUUUGGCGAGGAUGUGGGCUUUGGUGGUGUCUUCCGCUGCACGACAGGAUUAGCUGAUAGAUUUGGUAGAAAUAGAGUAUUCAAUACCCCCCUAUGUGAACAGGGAAUUGCAGGAUUUGCUAUAGGAUUGGCGGCAAUGGGAAACCGAGCUAUAGCAGAAAUCCAAUUUGCAGACUAUAUCUAUCCUGCCUUUGACCAGAUUGUGAAUGAAGCAGCUAAGUUCAGAUACCGAAGUGGUAAUGAGUUCAACUGUGGAGGUUUGACUAUAAGAAGUCCAUACGGAGCAGUUGGCCAUGGGGGCCAUUAUCAUUCACAAUCACCGGAGGCUUUCUUCUGUCAUGUUCCUGGUCUUAAGGUGGUGAUACCUCGAAGCCCACUGCAAGCAAAGGGCCUUUUACUAUCCAGCAUUCGUGAUCCAAACCCAGUUGUGUUUUUUGAACCCAAGUGGCUCUACAGAUUGUCUGUUGAAGAAGUUCCUGAGCAGGACUAUAUGUUGCCCCUCUCUGAAGCUGAGGUGAUUCGUCAAGGCAGUGACAUAACACUUGUUGGUUGGGGAGCUCAAAUUUCAGUAUUGGAACAAGCUUGCGAUUCUGCUGCAAAGGAUGGAAUAUCUUGCGAACUUAUAGAUCUGCGGACCUUGAUACCAUGGGAUAAGGAUACUGUGGAAGCUUCAGUCAAAAAAACUGGAAGACUAAUUGUCAGUCAUGAAGCUCCUGUUACAGGAGGUUUUGGUGCUGAGAUCUCUUCUUCUAUUGCAGAACGCUGCUUCCUUAGGUUGGAAGCUCCUGUAGCUAGAGUAUGCGGCCUGGACACUCCCUUCCCUCUUGUUUAUGAGCCAUUCUACAUGCCAACAAAGAACAAGAUUCUACAUGCAAUCAAAGAAACCGUAAGUUACUAAAUUGAAGCAAUCUUCACUCUUACUUUACCCUAUGCGAUGAAAAGCUCAAGUUUGUCUGAAAAACCAGCUGCGAACUUGCUGGUUUCUGUAGAUCUCUCUUCUUCUGCUUCUUCUUUUUUGUCGCAUGUAAAAACAAGCUACUGUAUGCUUUUUAACUGCAGACUUGCCUAUUUUUAUUUAGUUUUUCAAAUUACUUUGAAGGUGAUUUCUGCAGAUCAGAUUGUACGUCCUCGCUCUUUGAAAUGCUGAGGACAAAUCACAUUUUA